AUGACCGGUGCCUCCAGAACUUACUCCAAGACCUACAAGGUCCCCAAAAGACCCUUCGAGUCCGCUCGUCUCGACCAAGAAUUGAAGCUGGUCGGUGAGUAUGGUCUCAAGAACAAGAAGGAAGUCUGGCGUGUCGGAAUUACCCUCUCCAAGAUCCGUCGUGCUGCUCGUGAGCUCUUGACCUUGGAUGAAAAAGAUCUCAAGCGUCUCUUUGAGGGCAAUGCCUUGAUUCGUCGUCUUCUUGAUUACGUUCUCGGUCUCAAGAUUGAGGACUUUAUGGAGCGUCGCCUCCAGACCCAGGUCUUCAAGCUUGGUCUUGCCAAGUCCAUUCACCAAGCUCGUGUUCUCAUCCGCCAGCGUCACAUCCGUGUCGGCAAGCAGAUCGUCAACGUUCCUUCCUUCAUCGUCCGCUUGGACUCUCAAAAACACAUCGACUUUGCUUUGACCUCCCCCUAUGGUGGUGGUCGUGCUGGUCGUGUCAAGAGAAAGAGAGCUGCCGCCGCCGGUGGUGCCGAGGAGGAAGACGAAGAGUAA